AUGACUCAUAAGAAAUCGAAUAACGAAAGGAAACAACAUAAAUCUCUUGUAAAGCAUGUGCUUUACGCCAUAGCGCGGAAUGCGUUAUAUGCCGCCAUAGGAAGGAUACUAUUUGGUGUACUCAAACGUUUGGGAAAGGGAGGAUUGCGUAUUAGAGUCAUUAAGCAACUUUCUGGAGAGAUUUUUUCACUUGAUCCACUAAGAUGGGCCUUUCUCUUGGGUGGUCUCUCCAGUUUUCGUUUAGUAAAAGAGAUUCUUUCUGUAUUGUGUCAUUACUUUGGUAUAACUGAAAAGCUUGCUUCUGUGCUCGCAGGCUGCAUAUGUGCUUUGCCGUCUUUGGCUAUGAAUAGGGAAACACGAACAGAUUUGUCUCUCUACGUCUUUGUACGAGCGUUACAUAGUUUUUCUGUCGGAUACAUUCUACCUAUUUUACCUGAGCCUUGUAGAAGAUUUGAGCACUAUGAUAUUAUAACUAUGUGCUUAAGUGCUUCUCAGAUUUUGUAUAGUGUUAUUUUUGCCCCAUUUACGAUGCCCCCAGCAUAUCAACGUUUUCUCUUGAAAGCAGCUAUGCUUGAUAAUCGUGUAGUUCGAGGCCAUGCCGGUCUUGCUCGAUAUCAAAUAACCCCAGAACUUGUGGAAUUAUGUGUGGAAAAAGGUUUCAAAAUCCCUCAAAGUGCCAAAGAACAUUUUAAGAUAGGUUGUUUAUACUCUCACCCAGGGAUGACGUGCAAUAGAUUCUUUUUUUCUUUCCUUAUGAAACAAAUUCUUUGGGUUGGUAUGCCGCUUUAUGUUCCAUUGAAACUUGGAGCAAUCAUUGCAUUUAAGCGAAAUGAUUUAAAACAUCACCCUUUAAAAGUUUUGCAAAAUAUGCUGCGAUCAGCUCUCUUAAGUGCACUGUUUUUGGCAUUAUAUUCUGCGAGUACUGUUAGAUUUGCGUGUUUUGCAGCUCAAGGAAACAUUCGUGGAGGAUUUUUUUUUGCCAUAAUGUGUUCUCUUGCAGGUGUUGCAACUUUACUUGAGCCUAAAGGGAGGCGAAUGGAUUUGGCUUUGUAUUGUUUGACGUACGCACUUCGUUCUUUCGUUAUGACUCAGUAUCGUUUGGGUAGAAUACCUUACCCUCGUCAUGACACCGUAUUUCUUCUUUAUCUCUUUUCGGUGGGAUUUAUCUUUUAUCAAUAUGACCGAGAGCCUGAAAAACUAAAUUCUGGUGUUCGCGCUAAUUUGGCUAAAUUACUUAUGGAGAGGGACGUCUUUCGUUCUCGGUCAAGAAAAAAUGAGGGAUCUACUGAAGCGGAAGUAAAAUCGUUGGUUAAACUAUCAUAA